CCUGUACAAUGGCUGCCGACUUUGGCAUGUCGCGGGUCAUAUCAGCGGUAAUGUAGUCACUGGUUUCCCGAGAGUUUACCUGCAGAAGAGAGAAGACAACAGAAACAGGAAGUGAGUUUUUAAAAAUAAGUACGCGAUCAAAACGAAAGUUUUAAUGGAGACUGGGAGGAGAAAUGCAACUGGGAGAAACUGGGACUUGAAACGCAUUUUUAUUUGCUCCCUGUUAUUGGUGACAAUCAUCCUCAUCUAUUUCAACUAUGACAGGACAUCAGAGAGCAGGAAUUCUCCAGCUCACAGAGUAGCACCAUCUUUAUCAUCACCAUCAGGAGAACCACAAUGGGAGGAUCCUGGGCCAUAUCAUGUGGCCUAUCCACGAAACUACAAAUUCAUCAUGGACGACACGCAGACGUGUAAGACCAGGACUCCUUUCCUGAUCGUGAUGGUUCCAGUUGCACCCAGUAAUGUGGCAGCUCGGGACACCAUUCGAAAGACAUGGGGAAAUGAGAAAAUGGUUCUGGGUCAGCUGGUGGAGACCAUCUUCAUACUGGGCCUGCCUGGUGGAGCUGAUGCUGAGCAGCAGCAAGAGAAGCUUAAACAGGAGAAUGAACAGCACCAUGACCUGAUCCAGAGCAACUUCCAGGACAGCUACCGCAAUCUGACCAUCAAGACUAUGGUCAUGUUGGAGUGGCUGGCUAUGCACUGCACCAUGGUUUCUUAUGUUAUAAAGGUUGACUCAGAUAUGCUACUCCAUGUCCCAAAUCUGAUUAAACUGUUGUUGGAUCCUAGCACGGCCAAACAAAACUACAUGACAGGUCUGGUGUGGUGGCACAGCCCAGUUCUAAGAAACCCAUUCAACAAAUUCUACAUGCCGAGAUACGUGAUAGCUGAGCCUGAGUACCCCCCAUAUCCCCUGGGCAUGGCAUACGUCAUGUCCCUGGACCUGCCUGGGAAGAUUCUGAGUGUCUCUCCUCAGAUUAAACCAAUCUACAUUGAGGACGCCUACCUGGGUAUGUGCCUGAGACGAUUGGACAUUUCCCCCACUGACCCUCCCGAAAAGAAUAUGUUUAUUGUCGACCCCCAGCAUCCUCUGAGCAGCUGCAGCCUUUCAAAAGUAAUCGCCGUUACGACGACAGACAUCCCCCAGAUGAUGAGUUACUGGGUGAGGAGCAGAGAGCCAGGAGCUAAAUGCUAAAUUUUAUCAGGUUAACCAAGACUGAGUUGUGACUUUUUGGUGGUGGGGAGGCCAUUUUACUCAUAUUCAGAUCCUGGAAAUGACACUGAAUCUGACAAAAAAAUUAACCUAAAUUAAAAUGGAGCAUGUUUUAAAAUGUUUGCAGACAACAUGGAAGCACAUUGUUUCCUUGUUGGACAGAAAAAUGUCUUUGUGUUGUGUUAUCUAAUAUUCUUCAAACAGCUGACCUAUGAUGAGUGUAUCAGACAGAAAUAUGAACAUCAGCUGUAUAAUUUAUUUUUAUAAUAAACAUGAAGACUGUCUACAGCA